UGCUGCUGGUGGUUCAUGGGAUUCUCGCUCAUACUUCUAACCAGUAUCCCAUAAAUGUGCUGGUAAUGAACAACGUCCAACAAACCCCCAACAAAACCUACAGCACCUAUGUAGUUUACAGGGGGAUCCUGUUGGGGGCGCUGAAGAGACUGCAGGACUCUGACGCGGAUUUUGAGUUCACCUACACAGAGGACUUCAACUACGGCCCAUACCUGCACAGUGUGAAUGGGCUGGCUGGGAAUAACAUCGCACAAACCUACUGGGAGCUGCUGGUUAAGACAACAGACGGCAACAUCACAAGACCUGAUGUUGGUAUUGGUUGUUACAUUCCCAACGCAAAUGACCAGAUCAUCCUGAGAUAUACAACCUGGUGAAGACUCAGCAGCCAGUCUGCAUCGACAUGCGGUCAA